UGACAGAUGACACAAGAUAAUUUGUUUUUGAUGUGGUUGAUAAAUUUAUAAGAUUGAUUAGAAUAUUGCUUAACUAAAACAGUAAAACCAUGUUUUCAUUGAAUAAUCACUUAGAAUUGAGACGAGUGACUAUAUCCAGUUUAGUAACGUGCAUUUAUUUACCAAGUAUUGUCACCGUCAUUUCGUAUAAAGGAUUAUUAUACUCAGUGGGAAAUGCCUCUUCGCUCUAUGUUUUAGUGCUUAUAUUCGUCGCGGAAUUAAUAAAAUCAUUUUACCUGAACUCUAAUAAUGAUCUUCAAGUCAAGAAAAAAGCGAGCAAAAGUCGAGUCGGUGAUAUUGUUAAAUCAAUUGUUUUUCUACUGGGAGUAAAGUUUUGCUUUUUUAUCGGAAUUAUAUUAUUCGGAGCACCGGUGUUAGAAUACCAUGAAGAAACAUUAAUCUUAUCGAGUUUAUUAACUCUACUAACAGUAUUUCCCCUGAUCGCCCAUACUGGGGUGGAACUAGCAGUACAAUUAUUGUUUGGUGUGAAAACCUUCUCCCGGGACACUAUCAUAGCCAUGUUAGUGAACAACGCAUUGUUGACAGUAUGCGGGGCGUGGCUCGGCGCAGUCGUUAUUCCCUUGGACUGGAACACGCCCUGGCAACAGUGGCCAAUACCAUGUUAUCUUGGAGCAAUCGGUGGCUAUCUGCUAUCUAAUGUUCUCACUGUGACUAAAGUUACGUUGAUGUCAGCGGCCAAUAAGCAUCCAUUCCUUGGCAUAUUUGUGAAUAUGAUGAACAGACUUCAUAUUUCUAAGUAAUUUUAUAUGUAGAAAUAUUGCAUUUUUUUAUUAAAAUUAUUGAAAGUAUUUAUAAAA